UUCUUUAAUUACAUUUAUCUAUAUAUCUUCAUAUGCUAUCACUUCAAGUACCCUCAAAUUUAAGGGCUAUCUGUCCCUUGUUUCAAGCUCUGCUUCACACAAAAUUUCCCCCAAGCUUGUACCCUUAAGACCUCCAUGGAAACAUAGCUAAAUAUGGAACCUGAGGCUCACAAUACUGCUUCUUCUUCUUCUUCUUCCUCAACUGCCUCUCCCUCCUCUUCUUUCCCUUCUCCAAUAAACAACUCCACGGAAUUGAAGUACCAAAAAAGCUCCAAGCGAGAUCAAGAACUCAAGAGCGAGGAUGAAACAAACAAAAAGGUAAAGAUUACUAGUGAAAACGCAAGAAGGCAUCCAUCUUAUCGGGGAGUAAGAAUGCGUCAAUGGGGCAAAUGGGUAUCCGAAAUCCGGGAACCGAGGAAGAAAUCAAGAAUUUGGCUAGGAACUUAUUCAACAGCAGAAAUGGCAGCUCGAGCUCACGAUGUAGCAGCUCUAACAAUAAAGGGUCGUUCAGCUCAUCUCAAUUUUCCAGAGCUAGCUCAUGAGCUUCCCCGUCCGGCAAGUGCAUCUCCGAAAGAUAUUCAAGCUGCUGCUGCUCUAGCAGCCGCCUUGAGCUACAAGAGUAAAGGUCACGAUCAAGCUGAAAUGGAGUCAAGCCAAGAUAGUACGGAGGCAUCUCAUGAUACUCCAGAGUUCUUAAGCUCAACAUUAAGAGAUCAUGAAGAUGACACUUUUAUCGACCUGCCGGAUCUUCUACUGGACAUAAGUCAUAAAAUUGAUGAGUUCUGUCACUUGUCAUCAUCUUGGCAGCAGGUUGCUGGAGUUGAGACUUUGGACACCGGAUUCUGGCAUGAAGAAGAGACAUCUUUAUGGGAGUAUUAAUUACAAGUUGAAACAAUUACGUAGGUAUUAUAGUUAAACUUUAGUUACUAGCUAGUUUAUAACAGUUCAGUCUCAAGUUGUUACUACUUUUUCUCCAAUUCUGCGCAUACGCAUACCAAAAACAGUAAAUCUGAAGUUCCAACUUUCCAA